AUGGUGCGAUACGACAAGACCCCAUGUGAGGAUGCUAGAGAUGCCGUGCCACAUGGAAUAAUUGGAGCCUACAUCCCCACGUGUGACUUCGCUGGACAAUACACCCCUGAGCAAUGUUGGGGCUCUACAGGUUACUGUUGGUGUGUGACCAGUUCUGGACAGAAGAUCCCGGGUACUGAGACUCCACCAGGCACUGGUCCAGUCAUAUGUUCCACCCAGAAUGGUAUGAUACGACCCAAGACUUCCUGUGAGAUUGCUAGAGAUACUGCGAUGAAAAAAGUCAGGCUUGGAGUCUACGUCCCCACGUGUGACAACGAUGGACAAUACAAACCUGAGCAAUGUUCAGGCUCUACAGGUUACUGUUGGUGUGUGAAUAGUUCUGGACAGAAGAUCCCGGGUACUGAGACUUCACCAGGCAGUGCUAGCAACUGCUAGCAACUGUUCAACCAAGUGGAAAUAAGGCCCUGUGGUCUCAUCCAACACCAUCACCACUUUAAACUCCAAUACAUCACUACUCUUGAUUCCUACAUUGGCACUCUUUAUGCUUUCUUUACAAGAAUCUCCAAUGAUUUCAGUGUCAUGAUCUCUCUUCUUCCUGUGUCCCUCUGUCAUGACAUCUCUUCAUCUUUUCUAAUUUAAUUCUAAUUAUGGCAGCUGUGGUCCUCCAAAGACAUCAAAAUGUAAUUCCAAUAUAUACAGGAGUUCAGAGUCCAG